AUGGAAGAAGAGGAAGAGGAGAUGGGAGGACGGAGGAGCGUGCUGAGUAGGAGCAUAAGCAGGCAGUCCAUAGUGUCUUCAGACGCCUCCAGGCAGCCGACGCCCCAGAGGGAGAGGAGGGUCAGUCGAGACAGCAGCCCGUCCCUGUACCUCUCCGAGGGGGAUGACGGCUCCGCGUCCGGGAGUGAAGGAGGGCGCAUCGCCAGGAGCAGCCUGAUCCGCAGCACCUUCUACAACAGCUCUGCGCAGCUCUCUCCCAUGUCCGCCCGCCACAUGACCCUCAGGGACAAGUUCCAGGCCAAGAAGCAGGAGAGGGGCCGCAAACCGCUCCGCAGCAGCCUCUCUAGCCGCCUCAAUGAGCCGCUCAUUGAGUACAUGGAGGACGAGGGAGACACCAAUCACGGGCAACGGCGGGGGUCUUUGCAGUCGUCCAUGCUCAAGUCCUGCUCCUUCGACAGCGGGGUCGGCCUCUCGCACAAUGCACCCCCGCAGAGGAGGAGCAGGUCGUUGGACGAUUACUCCCGACGCUCACCAGGAGCCGCCAAACGCAGAGAAGAGGAGGGUUCUUUGAGUCUUAAGGAGGAUUUCACUGAUGAGGAGGAGGAGAAGAGCUUGGUCGUUGCCCCUCCCCAAAUCAAAGGUAGAAGAGGUUCAGUGGCAGUGGCUCCCGCUCAGCUUACGGCCAGGCUUCAGAAACUGGGUGCAAAAUUGCCCAAUGCUGGUCCAGAGAAGAGCCCUAGGCCAGAGCAGGAGAGACCAGGGGAGGAGGAGGGGGAGAACCUGGCUGGCUCGCAGUGCUCCCUGGCUGAGUCCCUCAUCCUCGAGCAUGGCUCUGAGACCUCCAGCAGGCUGGGCUCCUGUGAGGAUAUGUCCCACGGCCACCCUUCAGCCACACAUAGAGGGAGAGCAGGAGAAGAGUAUGAUGACCAGGAGGAGCCCCUAAUUACCCCGUCCCCCUGCUCCCUACUCCAGGCAUCUGAGGUUGAGGAAUCUGAGCAGGAGCCCCAGCGCCGGAGCGGCCAACUUCCAAUCCCACCGAGAAGGACAACACACCCCAACCAGAACCCAAUAGCCAGAAAUAAGGGUCAGGUAGAGAGGAAGGUCCUGCCGGUGAAACCCAGCCCCAGCCUGUCCAGCAAGGCCCCAGAGAGGCCCCCAAGGGCCAGCGACACAGAGGCACGACUCCAGAGGCAUUCGUCCACCCCGGCCCUCCAGGCCAAACCGCCCACGGGGAAGUCUCCCAGGAUGUCACCCAAAGUUGGGUUGAUGAAUCUGUUCCGUAGACAGUCCUGGGCAGGGCAUUCCUACUCCCAACUGGAGGGCACGGAGCAGGGACCCACGCUAGGGGAAUUGGAGCCCAAAACCCCCACCAUGUCACUCAGGAAGAAGAUGAGGGCAUCAGCCUCUAGCCUCACCAAGCUGUUCACUAAAUCGUCCAGCAAGGAGGACUUAACGAAGGGAGGUGAGCUACCGUACACUUUUAGUUUAGUACACUUUUUAAAAUUAGAUCUCUCUCAUGUAGUGGAAGCCUUUUUUCAGUUAGUUCUGAUGAAUCUGAAUCUCCACCCUUUAUGUUUCUUGGUGCGAUGCAGGGCCGAUCGUAAAGGGUUCAUUUCCUGUUCCGCCUGAGCAAGAGGCAAGCCCUGGCUUGGAGAGCACCAAAAAUAAAUCCAAGUUCUUCCCAUUCAAAAUACCUAAAAUACCUGCAUUCAAAAAGAACAAAGGUCAAGUAUAUUUAGACUCAAUUUACAAUCUAUUCAGCAGGAGAUUGUCUCGCUGCAGUUCUAAAUGUAUCUUUCUGUUUUCUCUCCAGAAAUGCCUAUCCGCCCCACCAGGCCUGAUGUGCACCAUUUGGAGGCAGGUGGAUUUCUGCUGGUAUGGAGACCAGUGCAGUCCAGCGACCCAGUGGUUUACAGUGUUCAGUACAGCACAGACGGUAAAAGAAAAACACUGCUUACAGAUCACACAGACUACUAUAGUACAGAAUGUAUUAAUUCUCUACAAAAAUGGGUAUGUGCAAGUGAAGUGAAGCUACGCUAAACUUGACAAGUUUAACACUAUCUACAGGAGUGGGCAGAUGAUGAUGACAAUCUCAACAUGUUGCAUAUCAAAUAUUUGUCCAUACUCUGUGCUGCCACAGGUGCGGAGUGGAAGCUCCUGUCAGAGGAGGUGACAGACAGUUGCUACGUGGUGAAGGACUUACCCAGAGGAGCAGGAUACGUGUUCAGGGUGGGCUGCAUCACAAAGACAGGGGCAGGACCUUUCAGUGACCCUUCACCACCUGUUGUUAUGGCAACCCAUCCUGAAGGCAUGAACAUUCAAAAUAUAUAAUUUUGUUUUCCUUAUAUAAAUGUAUGAUUCUUGUUGUAGUGUUUAUUGAUGAAACUCUUUGAUGUUCUGAUUUAGUGCUCCACCUCCCUUUUUGAGUCUGUGGCCAGACAUAAUACUUCUCCUUUGAUCUACAGAGACCCACAUUCCCCUCAUCCAGACCGAGUCCCCAGGUUCAAAGGGCAGUGGGUCAGGAGGUCAACCUAGCCACAAGACCUACAGCUUCCUAUCAGAGAUCAACAGGUACUGAACAUCUAUACUGGGUUAGGAAAGUUGCUGUUUUUUAUGGACGACGUGAAUGUGUGCUAAUUUAGCAUAUAUUUGGUCCCAAAUGUAAACCCGUGCACAACAGUAUACACAUAUUGUUCUAAAAUGUAUUACACAUCUUUACUUCACACCUGCAAGUAGGCCUAUACAGAUGUGUGUGCAAUCUCUCUCACUAUAUUUCGCUCCAUGUUGUCGGUAUCAGGGGUCGUUUCAGCGUGGUGACCCAGUGUCAGGACAGCCAUAGCCAGCAGCUAUUUGCUGCCAAGAUCACCCCCUGCAGGCCAGAGAAGAGACAGCUGGUGCUCAGGGAGUACCAGCUGCUGAAGAGGCUCAACCACCCCCACCUGGUGCAGCUGCACACGGCCUACAUAACCCCUUACUACCUGGUGCUCAUCCAGGAGCUGUGUGCCGGCAGAGAGCUGCUCUACAACCUGGCUGAGCGGUGAGACAAUAUGAUCACUGCCUGUUUUACAUUACGACAUUACUUAGUAGUGCUUGGGGGUGGUGUGUGUGUUAGUUUGUAGUCUUAACUGUAGUGUUAUCAUACAGAGUAUGGAUACAAAAUUAGUUAUCUACGGGACUUAGUGAAAACCAUGGGUUUUAGAUAAACAAAAACACACUAUGCUCCCUCCCUCCCUCCCUCCCUCCCUCCCUCCCUCCCUCCCUCCCUCCCUCCCUCCCUCCCUCCCUCCCUCCCUCCCUCCCUCCUUUCCUCCCUCCCUCCCUCCCUCCCUCCCUCCAUUCCCUCACCUCCUCCCUCCCUUCCUCCCUCUCUCCCUCUCUCCUUCCCCCCUCCCUCCCCGCCCUCCCUCCCUCCUUCCCUCCCUCCUCUCCCACACAGAGACCUGUAUUCUGAGCUCCAUGUAGCAGAGCUGCUGGCUCAGAUCCUGAGUGCUGUGGACUACCUGCACGGCCGCCGCGUUGUCCACCUGGACCUCAAGUCAGACAACAUGCUGGUGACGGACCGCAACGUGCUGAAAAUCGUAGACCUGGGCUCUGCUCAGUCCUUCACGCCCGGACAGACACUCAACAUAGAGCACAUUCAGGGACAAGAGAAAGGUACAGCAAGCAAUGACUGGGGAGGAUGAGUGGGAAGGAUGAGCGGGAAGCAUGACUGGAAAGGAUGACUGGGGAGGAUGAGUGGGAAGGAUGAGCGGGAAGGAUGACUGGAAAGGAUGACUGGGGAGGAUGAGUGGGAAGGAUGAGUGGGAAGGAUGACUGGAAAGGAUGACUGGGAAGGAUGAGUGGGAAGGAUGAGUGGGAAGGAUGACUGGGAGGAUGACUGGGAGGAUAAGCAGGAAGGAUGACUGGAAAGGAUGACUGGGGAGGAUGAGCGGGAAGGAUGAGAGGGAAGGAUGAUUGGGUAGGUUGACUGGGAAGGAUGAGUGGGAAGGAUGACUGGGAAGGAUGACUGGGAAGGAUGAGCAGGGAGGAUGAUUGGGAAGGAUGAGUGGGAAGGAUAAGUGGGAAGGCUGACUGGAAAGGAUGAUGAUAACAUUGUAAAGUAAAACUCAUAUGAAGAAUGUCCUCUCUAUCUAUCAUGUUUUGUCAGUUUACAUUGUCCUUCCUAAAGCUCCGGAAAUCCUCGAUGGACAAGGAGUCGGACCUGAGACCGAUAUCUGGGCUAUUGGGGUGUUAGCUUUUACAAUGUAAGUAUAGAAAGACACAUGCAGAUUAAUUUAUUUAGCAAUAAUUACACUUCUCUCAAUGUUUAGAGCCCUGAUUGCCCAGGAUGCAUCAGUUUGAUCCUAUAUACAAAACACUGACUGGUGCCGACGAAGAUGGCAGCCUUGCGACUAGCUCUUAGGACACUUUGCGGUAUUUAGUUUUUUUUAUAUAUAAUUUUUUAGAUUAUUUUUUAUUUUUAUUUUUUAUUUUAUUUUUUUGGUCAUUUAGCAGACGCUCUUAUCCAGAGCGACUUACAGUUAAGUGAAUGCAUACAUUUUUCAUACUGGCCCCCCGUGGGAAACGAACCCACAACCCUGGCGUUGCAAACACCAGGCUCUACCAACUGAGCUACAUCCCUGCCGGCCAUUCCCUCCCCUACCCUGGACGACGCUGGGCCAAUUGUGCGCCGCCCCAUGGGUCUCCCGGUCGCGGCCGGCUGCGACAGAGCCUGGAUUCGAACCAGGAUCUCUAGUGGCACAGCUAGCACUGCGAUGCAGUGCCUUAGACCACUGCGCCAGCCGGGAAUUGGAGCAGUGGCUUCUUCCUUGCUGAGCGGCCUUUCAGGUUAUGUCGAUAUAGGACUUGUUUUACUGUGGAUAUAGAUACUUUUGUACCUGUUUCCUCCAGCAUCUUCACAAGGUCUUUGGCUGUUGUUCUGGGAUUGAUUUGCACUUUUCGCACCAAAGUACAUUCAUCUCUAGGAGACAGAACACGUCUCCUUCCUGAGUGGUAUGACGGCUGCGUGGUCCCAUGGUGUUUAUACUUGCGUACUAUUGUUUGUACAGAUGAACGUGGUACCUUCAGGCGUUUGGAAAUUGCUCCCAAGGAUGAACCAGACUUGUGGAGGUCUAAAAAAUAAAUUCUGAGGUCUUGGCUGAUUUCUUUUGAUUUUCCUAUGAUGUCAAGCAAAGAGGCACUGAGUUUGAAGGUAGGCCUUGAAAUUCAUCCACAUGUACACCUCCAAUUGACUCAAAUGAUGUCAAUUAGCCUAUCAGAAGCUUCUAAAGCCAUGACAUCAUUUUCUGGAAUUUUCAAAGCUGUUUAAAGGCAGAGUCAAGUUAUUGUAUGUAAACUUCUGACCCACUGGAAUUGUGAUACAGUGAAUAAUAAGUGAAAUAAUCUGUCUGUAAACAAUUGUUGGAAAAAAUGACUUGUGUCAUGCACAAAGUAGAUGUCCUAACGACACAUCUACCACACUGAUCCUCAACACGGGGGCCACUCAGGGGUACAUGCUCAGUCCCCUCCUGUACUCCCUGUUCACCCAUGACUGCAUGGCCAGGCACGACUCCAACACCAUCAUUAAGUUUGCCGACGACACAACAGUGGUAGGCCUGAUCACCGACAACGAUGAGACAGCCUAUAGGGAGGAGGUCAGAGACCUGGCCGUGUGGUGCCAGGAUAACAACCUCUCCCUCAACGUGACCAAGACAAAGGAGAUGAUUGUGGACUACAGGAAAAAAAAGAGGACUGAGCACGCCCCCAUUCUCAUCGACGGGGCUGAAGUGUAACAGGUUGAGAGCUUCAAGUUCCUUGGUGUCCACAUCACCAACGAACUAUCAUGGUCCAAACACACCAAGACAGUCGUGAAGAGGGCACGACAAAGCCUAUUCCCCCUCAGGAGACUGGAAAGAUUUGGCAUGGGUCCUCAGAUCCUCAAAAAAUUAUACAGCUGCACCAUCGAGAGCAUCCUGACUGGUUGCAUCACCGCCUGGUAUGGCAACUGCUUGGCCUCCGACCGCAAGGCACUACAGAGGGUAGUGCGUACGGCCCAGUACAUCACUGGGGCCAAGCUUCCUGCCAUCCAGGACCUCUAUACCAGGCGGUGUCAGAGGAAGGCCCUCAAAAUUGUCAAAGACUCCAGCCACCCUAGUCAUAGACUGUUCUCUCUGCUACCGCACGGCAAGCGGUACCGGUGUGCCAAGUCUACGUCCAAAAUACUUCUCAACAGCUUCUACCCCCAAGCCAUAAGACUCCUGAACAGCUAAUCAUGGCUACCCAGACUAUUUGCACUGCCCCCCACCCCCACCCCCACCCCCACCCCCACCCAAUCUUUUUACGCUGCUGCUACUCUGUUAAUUAUUGAUGCAUAGUCACUUUAACUCUACCCACAUGUAUAUAUUACAACCCUGCCGUUGUCCUAGGGUCAAAAUGACCCGCCACUGUGUUGAACCAACUUUCUUUAAUUUUUAUAUUUUUUGGAUCAUUUGUGAGAAGGAGGCAGUGAUACUUUCUGUAAAGUGACAACGGGAGGGUUAAACUACCUCAACUAGCCGGUGCCCACGCACAUUGACUCUGCACCGGUACCCCCCUGUAUAUACAGCCUCCCUACUGUUAUUUUAUUUUACUUCUGCUCUUUUUUUCUCAACACUUUUUUGUUGUUGUUUUAUUUUACUUUUUUAUUAAAAUAAAUGCACUGUUGGUUAAGGACUGUAAGUAAGCAUUUCACUGUAAUGUCUGCACCUGUUGUAUUCGGCACAUGUGGCCAAUACAAUUUUAUUUUAUUUUAUUUGAUUGAUGGUUGAAAACGAGUUUUAACGACUCCAACCUAAGUGUAUGUAAACUUCCGACUUCAACGGUAUAUACUGUAUUCUAUAAUAUUCUACUGUAUCUUAGUCGAUGCCGCUCUGUCAUUGCUUGUCCAUAUAUGUAUAUAUUCUAAAUUCCAUUCCUUACUUAUAUUUGUGUGUAUUGGGUAUAUGUUGUGAAAUUGUUAGAUAUUACUUGUUAGAUAUUACUGCACUGUCGGAGCUAGAAGCACAAGUAUUUUGCUACACCCGCAAUAACAUCUGCUAAACACGUGUAUGUGACAAAUCAAAUUUGAUUUGAUUUGAUUUGUACAAAACAUUAUUAACACCUGCGCUUUCCAUGACAUAGACUGACAAAGUGAAUCCAGGUGAAAGCUAUGACCUGUUAUUGAUGUCACUUGUUAAAUCCACUUCAAUCAGCGGAGAUGAAGGGAUUUUUAAGGAAGGAUUUUUAAGCCUUUAGACAAUUGAGACAUGUAUUGUGUAUGUGUGCCAUUCAGACGGUGAACGGGGUAUGGUAGUAGGUGCCAGGAGCACUGGUUUGUGUCAAGAACUGCAACGCUGCUGGGUUUUUCACGCUCUACAGUUUCCUGUGUGUAUCAAGAAUGGUCCACCACCCAAAGGACAUCCAACCAACUUGACACAACUGUGAGAAGCAUUGGAGUCAAAAUGGGCCAGCAUCCCUGUGGAACGCUUUCGACUCCUUGUAGAGAGGGGGUAGGGGGCGGGGGCGUACAUCUCAAUAUUAGGAAGGUGUUCCUAAUGUUUUGUAUACUCAGUGUAGAGUAAUACUGCCAUUUAUUCAUAUUUUUGUCCUCUGAUAUGUCUAUAUAUCCUCCCUCUAACCACCUAGGUUGAGUGCAGAUAGCCCGUUCCAUUCAGACCUAAACUGGGAGAGGGACAGGAACAUCCGAAAGGGGAAGAUCCAGUUUGGCCGCUGCUACCCUGGCCUGUCAGAAGCAGCAAUCAACUUCAUGAAGAACACACUGAGCAACAAGGCCUGGUGAGUCCAUUGGCCACAUCUUAGCCAACCAGCACCUAUAUAUAUUGCCUAUUUGAGAUAGCCAAGGUACACCCAAAGUUGUUUCAUUGAGAGGUAAUUGAUAGGUAGUGUUAACGUUAUAACAACCAGAACCAACCAUUUCAGAAUUUUCCCGAUGUGUUUCAUCUGAUGCGUUUCCUGUGAUGUAUUUCCUCAGGGGGAGACCCUCAGCAGCUGAGUGCCUCCAGAACCCUUGGGUACGGGGUGAGCGGGCCCCCUCCAAACACAGAGACUCCAUCUUGUGUUUCUCUACCGACAAGCUGCAGGCCUUCCUCAAGGAGAGAGAGGUGAAACGAGACCAGGUCCGCACCAAGCUGCAAGGCCCGUUCUUCCAUUGA